AUGGACGGGUCGUGGGGGUUCUUCCCUCCCGUGGUCUCCGUCUACGCUCUGCUCUCAUCCUUGGUCAGCACUACCUUCUACCCUAUCUUCCCGAUUUUCCUCCGUUCGCUCUCUCGUCUAUGCAUUAACCGCCGUCUCCUUGGCAUGGUUUCGGCAGGCGUUACUCGUGAUGCUCAGCAUCUCAGCCUUUUUCCUUGAAUUUGCCAGGAAGAUCGGAUGCAGACAGUCGUGAGUUAUUUUGAAUCGAGAAGCAUUAUCGUAGGCUGUGCGUUUCUCUUAUGUACCGUUGGAAGGGACCUAACCUUCUCUUUUGUUUGCCUCAGCCGAGACCAUUCGUCUGGCGUAGCAUCUUUCUUCGAGGACCCCAACUCGUUGAAAAAGGUCUCACAAAUUUAAUUGCGACACAUUAGCUUUGCGUUUUCAUUUUUUUGGGAUUGAUCUCCGAUGGCAUCGUGGAUCCGAUAAGGAUCUGCGGCAGAUCCUCUCCGUGACCCUUUUAAUGAAAUGAUUGAAUGAUUAUAUCGGCAAAAAGUGGAUUCCGUUAUUUUGGUCUGAUCUCGUCCUUGGUUUGCCCUGAAUUACAUUUUCCCAUGCCCUGUUACUUUAGUUUUGACAACUUAAUUUCGUGCUUGUUUUUAUACAUUUAUCUUCUGCUAUUAAUCAUGGAUCCAAAAAAACAUGACCCGAGUAACUAAGUCAAUACAUUUUUAUUGAUCAAGGAAUUUAUUGCGAGUUACAGACUGAUCAUGAUUACACCAACUGUGUAUACGUUUCCCUAAUGAACCAGCUUCCUGAAUUAUUGCCGGUUCAAAUUUGUUGUAGACGUGAUGGGUGGGUUUGAGGUGUUAACUGCUUCUUCCGUGCGUCCAAUUGUAUGUUGGUCGUCUGAUUACUGUACAGGAAGAACGUGAAAACUGUAGUAACCAUCUGAUGGGUCAUACUCGUGCAAAGUAGAAUCAAAGCAAGAGCAAGUAUACCUUCUGAAGCGAGGUUGCAGUAAAUGCAGUAGUGAGUGGCUAGAAAAAAGGGACUGUAGAUUCAGUUUUUUUCACUGAAUGUGGCGCCAAAAUGGUCUCUGUGUUACGGAUGAUUGGCUUUAAAAAGUAUAAGUGACUUUUGAAGUGAGAUAGAGGUAAUUGAUGCAAAAGCUCUGGUCUCGUGCUUGUCGAAUUUUUGGAUACUUGUGAAAGAACUCUUGAAAGAUUCUCAUUUUUUGGAAUUCAUAUCGUUAAAUCGAUUCUAUUUCUGCUGAUCAGAUGAAAGUUAUUCUGUUGAUUCAUCAGACUGUGAACAUCAUUAAUACUGACCCGCUACAGCUUGGUUGCUUAACUAAAUAUUCUUUAGACAACUAAAUUUUUACCGAACUGUUAAAUAUCUUGGCUUCUAUUUCUUCUUUGGGUUCUUCAAUGCACAUUUCAUGCCUUAUCUGCUCACAGUGAUGCCUGGAUUUUUAGAAAAUCGGAAUGAUUUGUUGCGAGUAUCUUACAUCAAUAUUCAUGUGUAUACAUAUGCAUUAUUAGUUAUCUGAGUUGGAUAGUUCUGUCUGGAUGCUUUUCAGAUUGUGCUAGAUGAUACUUUUGCGAAGUUUGACUGAUAACUUUGUUUGGUUUAAUGAUUUUUUUGGGAAUUGAAAUUCACGCUAGGUUCCAUGCCCUUCUAUUUUUGACCCUGCUGAGAGAUAUAUAUCCCUGAUAGUUCCCGCCUUCAAUGAGGAGCAUAGGCUUUCUGGGGCUCUUGUGGAGACCAUAAAGUAAGUUGCGAAAAUUGUGUAUUAUACCUGUAUGCUUCACCAUAAAGCAUAGACAACGUGAAGGUUCCAGUUGAACUUUAUCAUUUUCUCUUUAAUGCUAUAAAUGUUGCAUUAAUAUAUUCUCUUUUCAAGUGGAAGGUUUUUUUUUUUUAAUUAAAUGGAGACUUCCCUCUCCAUGUGAAAAAUAUAGUGGCACUUUGUCAAUCGCCAUAAUUUGGAAGUGGUCUUAUUUCCGAUGAGUCAAUUCAAGUCAAGUCUUAACCAUGCGGAAAUGUAACAGUAGGUAGUUGUGUCGAAUCACUUCAAAUUGGAAAUUCUAGAUAAAUCCUAGUUGAUCUGGUUUAUGAAUCAGCAAAAUCUCUUCAGUAAAAUAGACUUGAAAUCGCUUUCUGUUUUUUGGCAUGGUUAUCUGUAUUAGCAAAAUAAAAUAGUUUCUGCAAAUGUAUGGUAUGAGAAUGUCUUAUUGGUUUCUAGGAGCAACGUUAGAAUUUUCCAGCUCGAACGCCUCUUAUAUUUAGGCAGAAGCAUAUCACAUAUCCCUUUAUCCUUUUUUUGUUAGUAUUUUUUUCCCAAAAGUUGAGCAAUCUAUAUGACAUGCUUGAACUAAAACAUAGCUCGUUGGGGAAUUUCUGUAUUCUUUUCAUUAAUAAUUGUAAUCUUGUUAUUUUGAAUGUCAGUUGUAAUAUAUAAUUGGGUUUCCGUGGAGAAAUUUACAAACUUGCUCGAAAACUUUGCUCUUUUGUAGUUAUCUCCAGGAACGUGCACAAUUGGACAGUUCCUUUUCCUAUGAGGUAUUUUAUAAAUAUUUUAGCUUGUUUUUUAUUUGUUAAUUUUUUUCAUAUUUCUACCUAUACAUGUCAUUUUUCUCGAAUUUUUGUUCUCUUGGCAAGGUCAUAAUAGUCGAUGAUGGGAGCACUGAUAGGACGUCAAAAGUGGCUUUUGACUUUGUAAGGAAGCAUACGAUCGACAAAGUCAGAGUCAUUCUUCUCGGAGGAAACCAUGGAAAGGGAGAGGCCAUCAGAAAAGUGAGCUUUCUGAUCAUAUGGUUAACAAGCGUAUUUUUCAAGUUAUAAUUUUUUUCUCAAAAUUCGUAAUUUUCUCGACCCACCCCACCUUUAAUCAUCCUUCUUGCAAAUUCAUUUCUUUUAAUUCGUAAACCUGAUUAUUUUCUAUUUCGUCAUCUUCAACACUCGCCAGCUACUAAUAUGCUCCUCAUUCCCGAAAGCAUUGGAAAACAGGGAAUGCUGCAUUCACGGGGUGAGUUGCUUCUCAUGCUCGAUGCCGACGGCGCCACUCAGAUCACCGACUUGCAGAAGCUCGAGUCUCGGGUCCGUUCUUGAACGAGGGCUCCCAUCCUUCCCUUCCACGUGUCAAUAUCACAAUUGGUCAACUCUUCUUACUCUCGACUUUAUACUUCGCUCCUAUGUCAACGAUUUCACCAGAUAUGUGAAUUCGCCGAGAAGGAGCUGAAGUCACCUCUGCUGAGCGGCCAAGGCCUGAAGAUAUCGGAUGUCUCGGUUGCGGCAUUUGGCUCUCGAGCUCAUCUCGAGAAGCAGGCCCUUGCAACCGUACGUGGUAGUUGACUUUUUCCACACGUUCCGAUAUUUCUUAAUUAAAUGAUCUCAUCAUGUCAUCGCCUCCUUCAGCGGAAGUGGUACAGGAAUUUUCUCAUGAAGGGCUUCCAUCUCGUCGUCCUAUUGACCGCCGGUUCCGGCAUUCGCGACACUCAGGUCUCUCUCUCUCUCUCUCUCUCUCUCUCUCUCUCUCUCUCUCUCUCUCUCUCUUUCUCUGUCUCUCUCUCUCUAAAUAUAUAUUAUCUAUGUAUAUAAUGUUCAGGGGCAUGCAUGAUAUCUGAUGUUGCUUGGUUUAUUUGGGUGUAUGUUACUCGUUUCUCAGUGUGGGUUUAAGAUGUUUACGAGGACUGCUGCUCGGAGGCUUUUCACAAACGUCAGAUUGAAGAGGUAACGGGCAGGGUGGUUGCGGACGAUUGGGCUCCUUCUCAUGGCAUAUUUUCGAGUGAUAUGAAUAUGUGGCCUCUCCUGCUGGCCGAUCUCUAUCCAGGUGGUGCUUCGACGUUGAGCUGGUGUACUUGUGCAAGCACUUGAAGAUCCCGAUGAUCGAGAUCUCCGUCAGCUGGUCGGAGAUCCCGGGCUCGAAGAUCCGGUUGACCAGCAUCCUGCACAUGCUGUUCGAGCUCGUGCUCAUCCGCGUGGGCUACGGGCUCGGCAUCUGGAAGAUCCGACCGUGA